CUUCGGGCUACCAAACUAGCGGCGCUGUUAGCUGGUUGACUUUCAGCAGCUGACGGAGUCGUGUUGUUGUGAAGUCGAUGUGUGGUUCAACUUUACUGAACUAAUCCGACGAACACAACCAGAGAUGAGUUUUGCCAGGGCGACCCUUUCUCUCGGAAACUUCAUAGUCCGACGUUGGAGGCCGGUGACACAGACAUGGACUCCACACAGAGGGAUGUGCAUUAAACCGCAAGAGGUCAAGGCGUCACCUCCGCCGACAGUCCCUGCCACUGAAUCACCACAAGUGAGCUUCAAGAUUCCCGGCUACAGACCCUCCAACAUGGACAAGAAAAUACUUAUCUGGGCAGGGCGCUUUAAAACAGUCGACCAGAUCCCUGAGAUUGUGUCGUUUGAAAUGCUGGACGCGGCGAGGAACAAAGUAAGGGUGAAAAUCUGCUACUUGAUGAUUGCGGCAACAAUAGGAGGCUGUAUGUUGAUGGUGUUCCUUGGCAAACGGGCCAUGGGCAGACACGAGUCCCUGACUUCACAGAACAUGGAGAAGAAAGCCAAGUGGAGAGAAGAGAUGGAAAGAAAGUAGCAAACUACUGGUCCUUUGACUCAGUGAAGGGAGACGAUACACCACCUUUUCAAAUAAAGUAAAUGAUUUAAGUUUUCUUCAUUCUACUGCAGCAUAUUUCAUUGAUUUAGUAUUCUAUGUUCAUUGACCAUGUUAAAUUGUUUAAAUAUUCAGCACCAAUAAACUUCUAUUAUGUAUUAUA